AUGCUUGCGCCCAACUGCUCGCCGGUGAUUAUCAUGGACAAGAACAACAAGGCAGUACUUGUCAACACCGUGGAGAUUUAUGGACGCCAGCGUUCCCUUGACGUCCAUCGAGAAAGCUUUGCGGGCAAGAAAGGAAAAUCGGCAUCCUCAUCGUUACCACCUGUCACAACUAAGUACCAUUACACUUGGGCAACUAUCAUGACUGACGAUGAAGGCGAUAAGUUGGUUGUGGGAAUCAAGACGUUGAAUGCACUGAUAACAUCAAAUCUCCGGAUCAAUUCGGUCCAUGAAGCAAGUAUUGGGGGGAUCCUCUCCCAUUUCGAAUUGGACGAAAAUGCGGCCUUGACGGCGUCAAUUUUCUUGGACACGGAUUCGGUCAAGAAAGCCAGCAGCUUUGCAAGCACUCGAAAUGCAAACAAGGUUGCUCGUUUUGAUCUGCGUACCAACUUCUCCAACUCCGAUCAAAAUUUCAGUACACUUCGACGUAUCUCCUUUGUCGCGCAUUCAGCAGCUUGGCAAGCGAUCGCAAUGCAUUCUUGGGAGAAGCUUAAGACAAGUAACCAUCAGCAAUUGCUUCAUGGUUUUCUUGGGACUGGUAACAAUGGUGGAAGGAACAAGGUUGAUCGGUUUGAUCUGCGGUAUCAACUUCGCCAACUAUGA